AUGAAGAGGGCUGCGCUGGCCGCCCUAACUGGCUUUCUAUCGAAGACCACUCUUCACGGGUUCAAGUAUUUAAAUGCCCCGUGUAAGGGCGAUCGCCUGCUCUGGCUGCUAGUCUGUGCAUCAAGCGCGUGUUGCGCAGGGGUGCUCUGCGCGGUUCUGUGGUGGCGGUUCACGCAGGUUCCCACGGUGCUGUCGUUACAGACCACAGACUACACCGGCGCCAUGCCCGACGUGGGCGUCUGUGUGCCGGCCAAUGAUGUGGCUGAGGCGGUCGUGGAUAGCUUAAGCUACAACAGAAGCCAACAAUCCAUAUCAGCCCUAGACCGCAUCCUCCGCGGCCUCCCAGCGCCAGAGACAGACCUGUCACAUCUGGAACAGCUGUUCAAAGACAACAACUUGACGCUACAGUCGGCGCUAUUGCGAGUGACGCCAUCUUGUGAAGGCGUGGUGAAGCGAUGUCGCCUCGAUAGUGUGGAAGUACCUUGUGAGGGGGUGGUUAAAAGGGAGGUUACGAUGUUUGGCGUUUGCUGUAUAGUAAGGCCUGUUAGAAAUGAUCAAUCAAAUUCCAAAAGUACAAUUAAACAGCUAGAGUUGGUUUUGAACUGUUCUUCCGAGUUGGGAUGUCACGGGUUUGAUCUGAUAGCGCAGUCCCCCGGCUCCGCCUGGGUUCCCGUCAGCUCGCUAGACUCUGGCUUCCUCUACGAGGCGGCGCUGAAGUUCCACUCCGUCCGGGGCCACGGGGACCAGGUCAUCGACCCCUCCUGUGUGGAGGGGGAUGGGUAUUCCAGGAGCGGCUGUAUGAAAGCAUGUAGAGAGCAGGCCUGCGGGUGCACUGACCCUCUAGUCACGUUAGAAGACUCCAGUCUACCCCGUGGAGAUAAACUGCCUCCGUGCUUGAUGGUGCAGCUGGCCUGUUUGAGGACUUUUAAACGUGUGGGCGCCUGCAGCCACUGCAUCCGCUCAUGUAAGACCAUCACCACCGCCAUGUCGCUGAAGCAGAGCCGCCUGGACGCGCUGCAGUUCACCUAUGACCCUUUCUACAUCAACACUAGUGGCUCUGGGUACAUCGCGGUGGAGCUGCGCGUGCGCCGCGCGGGCUCGCACGUGUUCGCGAGGACGCCCACCGAGUCCUGGCUCACUCUGCUCUCGUCCCUCGGUGGAGUAUUCAACAUGUUCCUCGGCGUGGGGCUGUUCAGUGCUCUGGAGCUAGUCUACUUCCUCGCAGUGAAGACGCCUGCAGCCAUACGCAAGGGUAUGGAGAUGAGAGUGACCUCAGCUCCCGUCAGGCGGGUGGAUAGCAGACAACAUCCGUUUGAAAUUGGGUAG